CAUGAACAGGUAUGAUAUGAAUAAUUUUUGGGAGCAAGAAAAAAGACAUUGGCCACAAAGAGAAAAGAGUUCAACAAAGAGAAAGUUAGUUGGUAUAUUUUAUUUGGCAGCAGUACUCUUGGGAAUAGGUGGACCUAGAGCAGCAAUAUGCAUUAUUGCUGUAGCUGGAGCAAUUGUAGUAUCAACAUUUCUGAGAGGACAUUAUAAAAUAAAUGAUAGGAUUUAUAUGAUUGUGAAAUUAAUGGCAACAACAGUGGUGUCAAUAUCCUUAAUACUAGGACCUGUAACUAUGCCAAAAGUAAUAAUUGCAGUAGUUGUAUUUAUGUUAUCCCUAACUAUGACAAACUCCAAUAUUGAGAGAGCUGAAAUAUUUUCAGGAACAGUAGUUGGAUCAGAGAUAGCUGCAGUACUUUUAUUUAUUCCUGCAAGACAUGUUGCAGUAGUUGUUGCAAUAGUGGCAGAAGUACUGGCAAAAACCUUAUUUCAACAAUUCCUGGAUCAAUACAGAGCUGUAUCUAUAGUAUCAUUAAUUGCAGAUGCAGCAGAAUUAUUACCAAUAUCAACCGAAAUAUCAGUGGUAGCCACAGGAUUGGCAAUAAUGGCAGCUCUAUUGGCAGUAAAAUCUUCUUCCGAAGAAGGAAUAUUUGAUAAUGAUGAAACUUUAUAUCUGGCAAUUAUCUCAGCAACAGCAGCAACAGCAACAGUGAUUUCAACAGUUGCAGCUGUGUCAACACCACCAUCGCAAACGAUGAUAACAGUAAUAAUGAUGGCAAUAAUAGGGAUCCCUUCAACAUUAUUACUAUUAGGAACUUUACUUAGUUUAGUAGGACAUUAA